AUGCCGCCAGCUUUUCGUAACAUUGUCGAGGCUCACAUCGGUGAAGAAGAUUUUGCAUGGCCCGAUAAAGAAUGCUUGGGAAAUGGUUUUAAUUAUUUCUACCAAGAUCACAUUCGAAAUACUCAGACCAAUCUCAACACUCAUUGUUCAGAACAUGUUGAAUCGUUUUUUCAAAUGAAACGCUGGUAUUAUAACAUGAAUAUCAAUGGCCAUCAAUACAAUGGAUCAAAAUUUGACGGCAUCGAUAUACGAAACGCAAAAGUUUACGCCACUAGUAACAAAGAUCUGACACAUGGUGAUGUAGAGAGAACAAAUAAGAUGAAAAUUUUAUUGUAUGAACUGGAAAGAAUCGGUUGGCAGUGUCAAAAAGUUCAUAAUGAACAAUUGGUUCCAGUCACUGUCAAUGAGUUCGUUAAGGACAAUUGGUUCCAAUCACUGUGGAUGUUCGGUCAAAUGCAACGCCAAAUCGAAGUGUUUCAUCAAUAUGCAAAACAAUGGCAUGCGUUCCGUCGCGAUGGAUUGAUAACGAACAAUCGACCGCCAAAAGUGAACAAUUUCGCACUUGUCCCGUUAUGCCGAUUCCAACUGAAAAACGUUCGAUUGGAUAUGACAGAUAUGUAUUAUUUGGCGAACACUGUACUAGGAGUGGUGCCCAGUUCUCGCAAUCCGCUGACCAAUCGAAUGAACAAAUACACACUGGACUAUUACUUGUACGGCCAUCGAGAUGAAUUGUGGAAUUUGGUUUUCGACAUGGAUAAAAUCAAACAAAUCGGCAAGCAGAAGCGGUUUCACUCGCAAAUCAUCACCAAUAGUGUUUGCGUGUCAAUAUUGUACGAGAAGCCAGCGAAGGCUUGGGUGGAAAAUUCGGAGCAGGCCACAUUUAACAACAUGACAUAUGCUAGUGCCAUCGAUCCGAACGAGAAAACGUGGGUGGCCGUUGUGCGCCGCCAUAUCAAGUCAAACAUUGAGGAAAACAUUAAAAUAUCCAAUCCACGAUUUCAUUGGCAAACCGAGCAGAAGAAGAGAGAUCGGAAGGCUGAUCGGUUGACCUGGUGGUUUGUUGAAGAAGAACAAAUGGAUUUCAAGUCGUACCCAGUGAUACCAUCGCCGCGUGGAUCCACAUGGAAAGCGUACAUUCUGCAUCGCAUCAAAAUGCUACGAAUGGGAAUGCAAGCAUAUGCGACUCGAAAAUAUGCACGAUUGGAUCUCGAUCACCACAUCAAGGCUACCAAAACAAGUGAUAAAGUUGCCAUGCGGGUAACGAACAACAAACCGUCUUGGAUUUGGAUUGGUGCUGGAGAAAUGGCACCAAAUCGGCCAUGGGGCAUAAAGAAGCGGAAAAGAUGCCCAGGAACGCGUAAAUUGGCGACCAGCUUCAAGAAACAAGAGCACACAAAGGUCAGUUUUCAAGAUGAAUGGGGUACAUCAAUAACGUGUGCCAAUUGUCACGAGCGAUUUCCAAGAGAAACCAAAAAUCAUCGAUUCAAAAUUUGUCGAAAUUGCAUACCAAAACCGAUUGUUGGACUACCACCGAUAAUUGUGACGAAUUUGAGCAGACAAGAGCUUAAAAAAGAGCGAAUUGUAGAGAGAGCAAUCAAUCCAGAUCGUGAGAACAUCGAGCGUUUAGUGCCAAAGAUAAAAGUUAUCUUCAAAACUUGGUCAUUAACUCGAGAAUACCAUGAAUUGGGUGAUGCUGCACCAGAAGACAUGAUUGAGCACGUAGUCAUUUGGCACCGUGACAUUGUUGCCGCAAAGAAUAUUUUAUUCAAAGGAAUGUGUCGUCUUUUUGGCAUACCAUUGCCCGAUUCGUUGAAGAGACCUGACAAUCCACACCAUGCGAACAAUGUCAACUGAUAGCAGCAUAAAAUCAACAAUAAUCAUAAGAAGAAUAUUUUAACAAUUUUGUUAGUUACUAGGCGUGAAUAGUUUAAAUCCAAGGAUUUCUAUUGUACCCUUGACCGCAGUACGGGUCCCUAUUUAGGGCUGUGCGGAAUAUAAAAGAACCCGUA